AUGGAGGCAAAUUCUGGGUACUCGAGUCAGAACGAAGAUGAGGCUGAAUCAGGGGAGUCUGGGGUCCUGAGAGGCAGAGACGUGAAACCCUCUAGAGCCAGCAAGGCCAAGGAGAAUGGCUCCGACAGUUUCAUGCACUCCAUGGAGCCACAGCUGGAGCAGCAAAUGGAAACCACCCAGAGCCUGGUGGACUCCUAUGUGGCCAUUGUCAACAAGACCGUGUGGGACCUCAUGGUUGGUCUCAUGCCCAAAACCACCAUGCGCCUCAUGAUCAACAAUACCAAGGAGUUCAUCUUCUUGGAGUUGCUGGCCAACGUGUACUCAUGUGGGGACCAGAGCACGCUGAUGGAGGAGUUGGCACAGUAG